AAUUAGAGUCCCUAUCGGGACAAAAUAGUUUCCCUUUUUCCCCUCAAAAACUUCCCACCCACUUUCAGUCCACACUCCUCAUAAGUCAUACGAAGGAAACAUAGUGCUGCUGUUCCUCCUCGUCAGUCUCUCCCAUGGAUCCCUUAUCAGCGCUGCGAGAUUACACUAUCCGAGGCGACCUCGACAAAAUCCACCGUGUCGGAGACGAAUUGCGGUUCUCAACCCACUAUUCUUUCCCUUGCAAAUCCGAAACCGCAUACCGUUCAAAGCAAGGCAACCUUUACACUCUAGAAACCCUAGUUUUCUUCAUAAAAAAUCGCCACAUCAAGCAACCCGAAUACAUCAAAAACGCCACAAAUCAAGGAAUUCCCACUGUCACUUUUGUCGAUCGAAAACCUCUACUUGACUAUCUCGAAGGCCGAUCGUCGUCCUCAGAAGCCAUUCAAUUCGUCCUUCCCACCUCCACCGAAGUCGAGGAGUACCGGCCUGAUGACCCGCAGUUCUUUUCCUCUCUUCCUAGCAACAAUGGUGCUAGUAUUUUGGGGAUUGAGGAGGGUUCGGAAGUUAGGGUUUCCGAGGAGGGUGCUGCUGUAGAGCUUGAUGUGAUGGGGUUAAUCAAGGCGGGUGAGAGACCGCUGAGGGAUCGAAACGCUGUUUUGCAGUGUCGUAACCGCGAUUUUUAUGGUAUUUAUGUUGGGGCAUUGAGGAGGGAGCAGGAGAAGCCACAGCAGAGGAAGGAUACCAAUGUGGGAGGUAAUAAAGGGCGUCCUCUACCUGGGGAGAAAGAUGACGGGUUUCCGAAAGCCAAGAUGCUUAAAGGUGGGAGUAAGAUUGGGGAAGGUGUUCCUAUUAUUUUGGUGCCUAGUGCUUCUAAUACAUUGAUUACUAUCUAUAAUGUUAAGGAGUUUUUGGAGGACGGUGUUUAUAUACCUACUGAUGUUAAGAUGAAGCAGAUGAAGGGGCCGAAGCCCGAGUGUGUGACCGUGCAAAAGAAGUUUAGUAGUGAUAAGGAUAAGGUCAUGACAGCUUAUGAGGUGAGAGAUAAACCGUCGACUUUGAAAUCUGAUGAUUGGGACCGUGUUGUCGCAGUCUUUGUGCUUGGGAAAGAAUGGCAGUUUAAAGAUUGGCCUUUUAAAGACCAUGUAGAAAUUUUCAAUAAAAUCAUCGGUUUCUACAUGCGUUUUGAGGAUGAUAGUAUAGAAUCUGCAAAGGUUGUGAAACAAUGGAAUGUAAAGAUAAUCUCGAUCAGCAAAAACAAACGGCAUCAGGAUAGGGCUGCAGCCCUUGAGGUAUGGGGAAAAUUAGAAGAAUUUGUUGCUCGAUCGCGCUCUUGAGGCUGGCUAUUGCAAGGAAAGCGAUGAGUGAAUUGAACUCUGAAGUGGCUAGAUACAUUUUCUCACCACAUCCAUGUUCUUCAAUCAGAUUCGUCUUCAAUAUUAUUACUCCGCUGUUGGAUUGUGGCUAAUGGUUUUAGUUCGUCAUAUUUGCGGACAUGGAAAGGAUUACUCCAGUUACAUCCAAAGGAUAGUGCUGACCAGUAAAUUUCACACGGGAAAGGAUGACGUUUGAAAUCUAAUUUCUGGAUGCCAUAUGACUCCUUUCCUCUUAUUAUUUGUAGUUUUGUACUACUGCUACCUACACUUAUUCCUCAAUACAUCCUGAAACUAAGCUCUGCCAUGUGGCUGCAGUGCCUCCUCCCCACUUGCUGUACAUGAUCCCUAGUUACCCUUCUUUCCCUUUCUACCACUCCUCACAUAGGUCUUUUUUUUUUUUUUGCCAGAAACAACCUUUUAAUUUUUUUUUGGCAACUCAAGACCAUAAAAAAAAAUAUUGUUUGUGGAAAACAACCUUAGUCCACUUUUUUGGCAUCAUUGAAGUGAAGGACUCAAUGAACAAACCACCUUAAAUAGUAAGCAUUCAUUAUUCUUCUUUAGUUUAUGUAGUGAAGCUUUCCUCUCUUGGGCAUUCAUUGUCUUAAAAAAGCUUCAUUAAUGUCUAAAAGUGGCCUAAGGUUGUUUCUCGCAAAUAAUUUCCUUUUUAAGGUCUUAAGCUGCCAGAAAAAAAAAUAUUAAAGUUUAUUGCAAAAGUGACAUAUAAAAGAUUUGUUGUGACAUAGUUUCUUAAUAUGCUUGAAUUUUAUUUCUU